AGUUUCGUGCCUGACAGCCGGCGCGCCCAGAAUGAAGUGUAAACAAGAAGACACGACGUGAUUAAAUGAGUGUGGACUUUAUCAUUUUUUUUAUCUAUUUUUAUCACCACAUUCAUUACAUUUUAAGAUGUGUAAUAUAGUAUAUUGUUGAAAAUUACUUGAACUCGCUACAGGUGAUUUAGCAUACUUUAUUAAAGAUGUGUGGGAAGAACAAUGUACCCCUUUGGGUACUCGGAAAUAUUGUUCUUUCUGUAGCCAUCGUUCUUGUAAAUAAGAUUGUUUAUGUUAGAACUAAAUUUCCUAACAUCACUCUGACUUUAAUUCAUUUCAUUGUAACAUUUUUUGGUAUACAUUUAUGUGAGAGUCUAAAUGUUUUCCAAGCAAAACGUUUGCCAGUAGUUCAAGUUUUACCUCUUGCUAUUUCAUUCUGUGGAUUUGUUGUGUUUACAAACCUCUCGUUAGGUUACAAUACUGUUGGAACGUAUCAAAUCUUAAAAACUUUGACAAUGCCCACCAUCAUGCUGAUUCAAACUUUCAUGUACGGGAGGACAUUUUCAUGGAAAAUAAAAUCCACUCUGAUACCAAUAUCAUUUGGAGUAAUCCUUAAUUCAACAUAUGAUAUUAAGUUCAAUCUAUUAGGUACAGUCUUUGCUUUGGUUGGAGUGAUAGUAACAUCAUUUUAUCAAGUGUGGGUUGGUGAAAAGCAAAAGGAAUUUCAAGUAAACUCAAUGCAACUGCUAUACUAUCAGGCUCCAUUAUCAGCAACACUUCUUUUAUUUUGCAUUCCUAUUGUGGAACCUCCUUGGGCAUUGGAUGGCUUUUUUUACAGAAGUUGGUCAUUAGGUGAUAUAUUUUUGGUUUUAUUAUCUGGAGUCAUUGCAUUUUUAGUCAAUGUUUCAAUAUAUUGGAUAAUUGGAAAUACCUCUGCUGUUACAUAUAAUGUCGUUGGUCAGCUAAAAUUUUGUUUAACAUUGCUUGGUGGAUAUCUUCUUUUUAUGGAGCCUGUGCUGCCCAUUCAGUUUUUGGGUAUUUUAAUCACUAUAUUUGGUGUGUCUUUGUAUGCCUAUUUUAAGCAUCAAGAUCAAAAAUCCUUGCCAUUUACUACUGAGAAAUAAGAAUGAAUUCAAGAUUGUGCUAUAUUAAAAAAGUAUCUUGGAAACAUUUUCAUUAUUUUUAGUUGAAAAUAGUUUUGUAUGAAAUAUAUGAGAUUUGUACAGUUAUUUAUUGCUUUUUUGUAUAUUCUCUACAAUUUUUUGUACAUUUUGAUUAAAUUUGUGAUAAAGUUUA